CCCAACUCCAUCUGUCCGCGCCUAUCAUCCCACCAUAAGCAGAGCAUCCUCGGCCGGCGAGAACGAUGGCCAAAUGCGGCAAGGUCCAGAGCAUCGUCCGCCUCCAGCAGACGCUGCGGCGGUGGCGGUCCCGGGCCGCGGCGGCGCCGGUGCCGUCGGGGCACGUGGCGGUGUGCGUGGGGGGCGAGUCGCGGCGGUUCUUGGUGCGCGCGGCGCACCUCAACCACCCCGUGUUCCGGGAGCUGCUCCGGCAGUCGGAGGAGGAGUACGGCUUCCCGUCCACCCCUGGCCCCGUCGCGCUCCCCUGCUGCGACGAAGACCGCUUCCUGGACGUCCUCCGCCGCGUGUCCUCCGAGGACCGCUUCCUCCGCCGCGGCCGCUCGUUCUGCUGCCGCGUGCCGGUCGUCACCAGCCGCGACGUCGCGGCGCGGCCGUUGCUGCAGGGGAUGGCGGUGGAGAAGCUCGUGUGGUGAUCAAUAUAUGGAAGCUGUGCGCCUAGGCCAUUCAAUAUGCUCCGUAUGCAUGCAAGCUAGCACCGGCGGUUUAGUUCCGCCGGCGGCAACUGUUCCGUUGGACGCCGACAAGGUUUAAGCAUCUCGUGCGCCUGCCAGAGCCGAGAAGACGAACUGACCGAGCAACCGUGAAUGACGCGCACGGCAAGCGAUGACACGUCGGCCGAUUGAAGGGCGUGCUCCCGUGCCCGGCGUAAUGGCGGGGCGCCCCAACCGUAGAUCGCCGAGGGCGCCGCUCGUGCUCAGCUGAGGUUGGCCGGGGGCCGUGCGGCUAGCAACUAGUACUAGCUCUGUAAUUCUUGACCUUGGCUGAAGGUAGAAGAUUUGUUC